AUGUCUUACGGCGGCGGUGGCUAUUCUCGCGGCGGCGAUUCUUACCGCUCCCGCAACGGUGGUGGUGGUUAUGAGAACGGCGGCUCCAAUGGCUACUCCGGCGGUGGUGGCUACGGAGGUGGUGGUGGUCGCGGUGGUUACGGCGGCGGUGGUGGUGGCUACGGCGGCGGCGGCGGUGGCUUUGGAGGUGCUGGUGGUGACCGCAUGUCAAACCUCGGCCAGGGUCUCAAGCAGCAAGAAUGGGACCUCAGCACCAUGCCCAAGUUCGAGAAGUCUUUCUACAAGGAGCACGAGGAUGUCACCAACCGCUCGGAAGAGCAGGUGCAGGAGUUCCGCGCGGCAAACAAGAUGGCUAUUCAGGGUACUGGUGUCCCUCGCCCCGUCGAGACCUUCGAUGAGGCUGGCUUCCCUUCCUACGUUUUGUCCGAGGUCAAGGCCCAGGGCUUCGAUAAGCCCACCUCCAUCCAGUCCCAGGGUUGGCCCAUGUCCCUCUCUGGACGUGAUGUUGUCGGUAUUGCCGAGACUGGUUCCGGAAAGACUCUGACCUACUGUCUUCCCGCUAUUGUUCACAUCAACGCUCAGCCCCUGCUGUCUCCUGGCGAUGGUCCCAUCGUCCUGGUCCUGGCUCCCACUCGUGAGCUGGCUGUCCAGAUUCAGGCUGAGAUCACCAAGUUCGGAAAGUCCUCCCGCAUUCGCAACACCUGUGUUUACGGUGGUGUCCCCAAGGGUCCUCAGAUCCGUGAUCUGUCCCGUGGUGUCGAGGUUUGCAUUGCCACUCCCGGUCGUCUUAUCGACAUGCUGGAGGCUGGCCGUACCAACCUGCGUCGUGUUACCUACCUGGUUCUCGAUGAGGCUGAUCGCAUGCUGGACAUGGGUUUCGAGCCUCAAAUUCGCAAGAUCAUUGGCCAGAUUCGCCCUGACCGUCAAACUUGCAUGUGGUCCGCCACCUGGCCUAAGGAGGUCCGUCAGCUCGCUUCUGACUUCCUGAACGACUACAUCCAGGUCAACAUUGGUUCGCUGGAUCUUUCCGCCAACCACCGUAUCACCCAGAUUGUCGAAGUUAUGUCCGACUUUGAGAAGCGUGACCGCAUGAUCAAGCAUAUGGAGAAGAUCAUGGAGGACCGCUCUAACAAGAUUCUCAUCUUCACUGGUACCAAGCGUAUCGCCGACGAGAUCACUCGUUUCCUCCGUCAAGAUGGAUGGCCCGCGCUUUCCAUCCACGGUGACAAGCAACAACAGGAGCGUGACUGGGUCUUGAACGAGUUCAAGCAGGGCAAGAGCCCCAUCAUGGUGGCCACCGAUGUGGCUUCCCGUGGUAUCGAUGUUCGCGACAUUACUCACGUGUUGAACUAUGACUACCCCAACAACUCCGAGGACUACGUUCACCGUAUCGGUCGUACUGGUCGUGCCGGUGCUAAGGGUACCGCCAUCACGUUCUUCACCACUGACAACUCCAAGCAGGCUCGUGACUUGGUCACCAUUCUUUCUGAGGCCAAGCAACAGAUCGAUCCUCGCCUUGCUGAGAUGGUCCGCUACAGCGGUGGCGGCGGCGGUGGUGGCCGCUGGGGUGGCCGUGGUCGUGGCCGUGGUGGCUGGGGCCGUGGUGGCGGCGGCGGUGUGACCGGCUCCAACAACAGCGGUCUUGGUGGUAACCGUCGUUGGUAA